AUGGAUGUGAAGAAACAACGCAUCGUCAUUGCAGGCGGAGGCUUAGGAGGUCUCACCGCAGCGUGCCGAUUGGCGCGCGACGGCCAUGAAGUCGACCUUUUCGAGAGAUCUCCAUCGCUAUCCACUGCGAGCGGAGCCAUCUUUGUGAGAUCAAAUGGCGUCAGGUGUUUCUACCGAUGGCAGAUGCGCGAAGCCUUUGAAGCUGUGACUGCCCGGAUCAAAGUGCACGAGACUCGGAAUGGCAACACGAACGAGCUGUUGCAUACUCUCAAUCCUGGUAUUUAUUCUAAGUUUCCGGAGUGGUCCACUGAUCGCCAGGCGUUGCAGACCGUUAUAUAUGACGAGGCAUGCAAAGCAGGAGCCAAGGUGCACUUCGGAAAUGAGAUCAUCACGGUUGAAGAGGAUGACCAAGCCGCAUAUGCAACUUGCAAGGACGGCAGUAGAGUCACGGCAGAUUUGAUCUUGGCGGCUGAUGGGAUAUCGUCUCGUCUGCGAUCUCAAGUUCUUUCUCAUGUCGACCCAUCUCGUCUCACCGUGAUCCGAGCGCCUUCGACGCAUUACCCAACUGAGAUCCCAGCCGAAAUGCUCGCCAAUGACGAGAGAACCAAAUCCCUCUGUCAGCAGCCCGAGUCAGAAAAUGGCAUCAUGUGGGCUGGCCACGGUGGAUAUGCCAUCGGCAAGUACAAUCACCAUCGAGGCCUGUUCAACAUCAUGUUCUCGAUUCAACACGGUGCUGCAGACAGCGAAGCCAGUGAGAAAAGGCUCUUUGAUGCGACUGACGACAGUGAAGUCGUCAAGAGUUUCUUCUCGUCGUUCAACCCCACGGUCGUUGCUUUGGCGAACAUGGUGCAGAGCUGCUCCCGCUGGCGGCUGGCUAGACUGGAACCUUUGGAUACGUGGUCGAGUCCGAAGCGGAGGCUGGUACUUCUUGGAGACUCGGCGCAUGCCAUGCUUCCGAACCUGGCGGAAGGAUUCAGCUCUAUUGUGGAGGAUAUAGAUGCCUUGUCCAUACUGUUCUCGGAGAGCAGCCGGGACGUGCCGACGACAAUCGAGACAUGGGAGAAGAUUCGCAUUCCUCGGGUGACAAGACUUCAGAAUGGCUCGACGUGGAAUUACAAGCUAUACAACUCUGGCAAACCCCCGGGAUCCGAGUUGACGGACGAGCAGAGGGCAUUACUCAUGGGUGAAGGCGACGGCAAUGCACCAUUCAACACUCUGCCCUUUGAUAAAUGGAUGUUUGACUACGACACAGCUAAAGAGGUCCGAGUUGCAAUGGAAGCUUAG